AUGCAUAUCCGAGAGAAACUUGCGAAGAAUGAGGCGGAAGGAAAGACUGGAAUUUCUUUUGAGUUCUUCCCUCCCAAAACCGCCCAGGGUGUACAGAAUCUCUAUGACCGAAUGGACCGUAUGCAUGGAAUGGGCCCGUCCUUCAUCGAUAUCACCUGGGGUGCUGGCGGUCGCUUAUCGGAUCUGACUUGCGAGAUGGUCAGCGUAGCACAAUCGGUGUAUGGAUUGGAGACAUGCAUGCACUUGACAUGCACGGAUAUGCCUCUGGAAAAGGUCGACCAAGCUCUUCAAUCUGCCUACAAAGCCGGCUGCACCAAUAUUCUGGCUCUCCGAGGAGACCCUCCCCGAGACAAGGAAACAUGGGAAGCUUCCGACAAUGGAUUCCGUUAUGCGAAGGACCUGGUAAAAUACAUCCGUGAUAAGUAUGGCAACCACUUCGAUAUUGGUGUUGGUGGCUAUCCCGAGGGUGCUGAUGAUAACGCCGACGUGGACCAAUUGAUCGACCACUUGAAGGAGAAGGUGGAUGCAGGCAGCACUUUCGUGGUAACCCAAAUGUUUUACGAUGUGGAAAACUUCAUCGAAUGGGUCAACAAGUGCCGUGCGAAGGGAAUCACUGUUCCCAUCAUUCCUGGUAUCAUGCCUAUCCAGACCUAUGCUGCGUUCAUUCGUCGAUCCACAUGGACUAAGAUCCGAGUCCCCCCUCAAUGGAUGGAAGCUCUCGAGCCGGUCAAGAACGAUGAUUCCGCGGUCCGAGAUAUCGGAAAGAGUCUAAUCGCCGAGAUGUGCAGACAGCUGCUCGCUGCCGGCAUCAAGCACCUGCAUUUCUAUACCAUGAACCUGGCUCAAGCGACUCGCUUGGUUCUCGAGGAGCUUGAUCUUUGCCCCUCCGAUGAUUCCCCUAUUCAGCGUGCCCUGCCUUGGCGGCCAUCCCUUGGUCUCGGCCGCAGGUCAGAGGAUGUGCGGCCAGUGUUCUGGCGCAACCGAAACUCAUCGUACGUUGCUCGUACCCAGACAUGGGAUGAAUAUCCCAACGGUCGCUGGACCGAUUCUCGCUCACCCGCGUUCGGUGAACUGGACGCAUAUGGUGUGGGCCUGAAGGGCACGAACGAGCAGAACAUCAAACUGUGGGGCGAGCCAAAGUCAAUUAAAGAACUAUCCGAAAUCUUUGUUCGUUUCUUGACCGGCAAGCUUGACCGCCUGCCUUGGAGUGACUCGCCAAUCACAACAGAGGCCAAUGACAUCCAGGAGGACUUGCUCGCCCUCAACCAGCGGGGUUUCCUGACAAUCAACUCUCAGCCUGCUGUCAACGGAGUCAAGUCCUCGCACCCCGUCUACGGAUGGGGCCCCAAGAACGGUUUCGUUUACCAAAAGGCCUACUUGGAGCUUCUGGUUCCCUCAAACUUGAUUGAUGAGCUCAUUAUCCGUAUCGAAAAGAACGAUGACUUGACAUACCACGCCACCAACAAGAAGGGUGAGCUCAAGACAAACACUCUUGACAGCCCCAAUGCCCUGACAUGGGGUAUCUUUGCGGGACGGGAGAUCAUUCAGCCCACCAUUGUCGAGACAGUCAGUUUCUUGGCCUGGAAGGAUGAAGCCUACCUCCUGGGAGAGCAAUGGUCCAAGUGUCAUGAGGCAGCAAGCCCUAGUCGCAAGCUGAUCCAAGGCGUGAUGGACGACUGGUACCUCGUCAAUAUCGUCGACAACGACUUCCACAGAUCUAACGGUGUCUUUGAAUUGUUCAACGGCCUUGAAAUCAAAGAUCUCAACGUCGAAGUGAAGCCCAUGGCCAACGGCACAACUGAACAAAACGGAGUUGCCGCCAAUUAA